AUGUGGAAAACUAUUGCUGAUCGAUAUAAUGAGCUAUGGAAUUUGCCAAACUGUGUUGGUAGUAUAGAUGGCAAGCACAUACGAAUUAAGGCACCUGUAAAUUCAGGAUCGUCAUUUUUCAAUUACAAAGGAUAUUUUUCAAUUGUUUUAAUGGCUACAGCAGACGCUGAUGGAAAGUUUAUCACUAUUGAUGUAGGAGAAUAUGGUCGGAACAGUGACUCAAAAGUUUUUAAAGAAUCUGCAUUUGGUCAAUUAUUGUUUAAAAAAAAACUCAACCUUCCCGAAAAUGCUUGUUUGCCACACGAAGAAAAUGAUCCAACAUUUCCCUAUUACUUCGUUGCAGAUGAGGCAUUUCCCCUACUCGACAACGUUAUGAGACCAUAUCCAAGACGUUCAUUGACGAAUACAAAAAGAAUUUUUAAUUACAGAUUAUCCAACGGUCGUAAGUCAGUGGAGUGUGCGUUUGGAAUGAUGGCAUCUAAAUUUAGAAUAUUGGAACGACCCAUCAAUUUUAAAACUGAAAAAAUUGAAAUAGUGAUAAAAGCUAUAUGCGUUUUGCAUAACUUGAUUCGAGUGCAUGAUGCCAUUACCGCAGAUGUUGCAAAAAUGUAUAGGCAGGUUUUCAUGUCCCCCGAUGACAGUGAAUUGCAACGAAUUUUAUAUAGAGCUAGUCCUGAUCAACCGUUGAAGCAUUAUAAGCUAAAAACAGUUACAUACGGCACUAAAUCAGCUUCAUUUCUGGCCACUCGCUGUUUG